GGGGAAGGAAGAACUUCCGGAUGCCCUCCUGAUAGGCUUCCACAGGAAGAUUAUGCACGACAAACGUAUCAGAGAGCAGGAGAUAGUGGUAUUCAGACCCCCAACAAGGAUAAGAUGUUUCCUAAGAGACUGGGGGCUCAGCCACAACUCAGACAUACUUCUGAAGAAAGGAAUGUUUUAGAGGAAGCCAGUCAGAGCCCCCCCAGAAAGAGUUACUUCUGGACUCCACUGACAGACAGCUCAGAGGAGGAGCGUUCAGAUGAACCUGGGGAAAGCAAAGGGACACUUCGAAGAGGUGUUCUAGGCAGGAAGUGUAGAGGGUACUCAGGAAUUGCCUUGUCUCCCACAAGUGACAGCAGCACACUACUGUCGAAAACUACAGUGCAAAGUGGUGUUUCCUCCCUUGGGGACACACCCCUGGAGGGUGAAGUCAGGGAGGAUUGCACAGGAGCCGUGGAGUCCCCGGUGGGGACCCCCAAGGAUGUCACAGGGGAAUUCAAGGCUGACAGCUCCAAAGGUGAAGGCCCCAUCCAGAGACUGCCUGGGGGUCAACAAACAACCCCCGAUGGCAGCUCUAGUCAAAGAAGAAAGGAAUCAGAAAGUGUGGGGUUUAGUUUGUGGUCCCGUCAAACUGAUAUUAAGCAUAAAAAUGAAUGGAAACAUGCUGUCAAGGAAAGCGUGGGAAAGACUAUCAUGGGGAGAGUGCCGAGAGGUGGUCCUAACAGAAGUGUACAGAGUUCUGCUAAAAGCAGCCCUCUGGUGAUAACACAUCCUGAAAGUUCUGUGAGCCCUGAAAUUACCAGCCUCUCACUGAAUGUGUCAGAGGGCCCCUUGGAGAAUGCUGCGUUUCAUUGACGGUCGGGCACCAGUGUGUUCCGUGGAGCCACUGCAGAUGCACUCGGUACACGCAGCAGCACUUGGUUUGACCAGUUGCCGCCACCUGAGAUGGAUGGCAGUUCAGUACAGACACCCCGAGUGUUCACCAUGCAAACAACUCAUAAGCAAAAAGAAAAGACACUUUCUUCAAGUCAUCUCAUUUCCAGAGAUGUUUCCAAAACUGGUUUGAAGAGAUCUUUCCCCCUCCAGGAUGCUGGCGCUAGCGUUUCCUGGAGAGAUGAGCUGCCACAUAAACCAGAGCAAGGGGCCAGUGUACUGGAGACAUAUUUCUACUACUUGCAAAUGCUGAACAAGAUCAGGGGUCUCUCUUCAGAAGAGAGGAACUCUUCUCUGCCUUUCCAGGGGCCCAGACUGUCUGAAUCAGAGUCAGCAAUCACAUCUCCAGAAGGAAAAGGCAGGUCUAAAGGGGCCAGCCUACGGGAGACAAAGGAGCGGGCAAAUGGGUGUGAGAAUGAUGUGGCUGUGGAAGCUGGGAGGGACACCUGUCCCCGAGAACAAGGCCAUGCGGAAGAGACCGCUCCAGAUGGGGCCAGCGUGUGGAAACCUCAAGGGAAGUUAUAUUCUGCUACCCGCAAAAUGACAUCCAAAAUGACCGGCUGUGGGGGAUACCGGGAAAUGUCUACUGCAUGUUCAUCUCAUAAACAUGGAGAGGUGACGCUAAGAUCUCAAAGCAUUUCAAGACCAAACUCGGCUGAAGCAGAGGAGGGAACCUCUACUGGGACUUAUCCCUGUGCUUAUGCUGUUGGUAGGUAG